GUGGAGUAGGUAGUAGGUACAACCUAUAGCAGAUUGAUGUUCUGUUUUUCGUAUACAUACACAACAUAAAAGUAUUAAGUAGUUAUACGUUCGUAUAUAGGUAUAUUGCUUGAUUGUAUUCGCACGAUAAUGCGCCUAUAGCUAUAGAAGAGCAAGACACAGUAUGUAAGUACCUUUUAGUAUAGAUAGGUAUGUAGAUAAUAGGUACAACUGUAUCAUGUACAUAUAUGCUUAGGAAGCUAUAGCUAUACAGCAAAUUGCUAUUAUCCGACCAUGAUAAAACGUCCUGACGUUCUAUGUUUUACAAUGCCUUCAACAGAUCUCUUAAAUUAAUCGCGUGUCCCGCUCAUCGUGCGAACCCCAAUCGACGACGAAAUCAUUCCAUCCAGCCGUCGAAGCUGUUUUCUCGGGGGGUUUAAAACAGUGUUUUUGUGUAAAUCUCUAGUGCCAACAAGUACACAAAACGAAGAUAAUCUGAACGUCGAGCUGACUGCGAAGCUGCUCUAAAGGAUCUGCCGAGCCCGCAUUAUCUGUGAUAUACAGCUCAGCCUCUCGUCCGUCCUAUAAGGGCUGGGCCACUCGGGGCUAGAGGCGAGUCCGCAGCAGCUUCAAGCGGUGAUCUCACCUGCCCUCUGCCACAGAGGCACUAAACACUGCUACCUGCUUAUUGACUGCAUCACUACGAACCAUUGUUACUUAGUCUAUAAUUGAAACAAUAUGCAAUCUGUGAAAAUAAGUAUAAUUCUAGGUGGAUAUUGUAGAAAAUUAUUCUAUUAAGGGUAUUUAUGAUAAUUGUCUGAUGUCUAAUGUUUCUGUAAUAUUAUGUGUUCCACAUCUAAUUAAGGAUAAUUGUUACUCCAAUAUUUAUACUGUUACCGAACCAAUGCAAUGUAAAAUCUCCACCCCAAUGCUGGUGGCGAACACAAAUAAAUUUGGUGCUUUAAAGCGAGUCGAAGAAAAGAAUGAGAGUCAGCGAGUUAGUGUAAAAAUGGUAGAUAAUAAUAUUUAUAAUGUAGAGUUUGUUGAUAGUAUCCAACAAAACCAAAUGAUUGGCGAUACGCCUAACUACUGCAUUCCUUUAACGAUUAACGCCAUAACAGUCCAGGGUAUCUCAUACAGUGACCCGUAUUUCAGUAGCUUUAACUUAAAGUAUAAGAUGGCGUUUGGAGCGCCCAAGUAUAUGAACAAGUCUGAUUACGCUUUUAAAUCUUCAGUUUGUAUUAUACGAGAUGAGCCUUGCAUGGAUAACACGCAACUACUAAACGAAAAGUCUGCUCAUAUGAUAUGCAAAACGAAAACUCGAAUGAUAAAUAAUGACGAGAAGUCGAUAAGGAUAAACCAUGACAAUAAUGUAUCGGAGGUCGAUGUAACACCAAACUCUCAGUCUGCCUUGAAGACUUUUGCUAACGGUGAUCUCACAUUGGACGCGAUGUUGGAGUUGAUGAGGAACGAGGACGUUACCAAAGCCAAGAUGGGCGAGAUGGACAGCUGGGGCGUGCCACGGAGGAUGCGCCUCUGCGGCGGCGGCGAGAGCUCGCUCAACGCCGCCUCCGGCUGGGGCAGCCCGCCCGCUUCCAAUAAUAACGGCAACUGGGGUGGCAACUCCAGCAGCAACCAAGCCAACAACGCCACGAACAACCAGCAAUGGAACGCCGCGCAGCGCCCGCCCACCUCUCAAGCAGACAUGAAUAGCAACAAGGGUAACGCCCAGAUGCCACCGACCAGCGCUGCCUCCCAGAGUUGGCAGAGCAGUCCCCCCAACAUGCCAAAUGCACAGCCAAACAAUAAUGGUGCGCCUCCAAGCAAUGGCACAAACCCCAACAACGGGAACAACGGCGGCAACUCUCCUAACUCGGCCGCCCCCAACAUGCCGCCCCCCGCCAACGGUAACGGGACAUCGAAUACAACGUCUUCCGCUAAGAUAGAACAACUCAACUCCAUGAGGGAGGCGCUGUUCAGCCAGGACGGCUGGGGCGGUCAACACGUAAACCAAGAUACGAAUUGGGACGUGCCUGGAUCACCAGAGCCCGGAUCGAAGGUGGAGCCCACCGCCGGCGGCCCGCCCGCUUGGAAACCGAACGUCAAUAAUGGCGCCUUCCUCGGCACAGACCUCUGGGAGGCCAACCUGAGGAACGGCGGCCAACCACCGCCGCAGCCCGCCGCUAAGACGCCAUGGGGACACACUCCCACGACCAACAUCGGGGGCACCUGGGGCGAGGACGACGACGCCGCCGAGUCCGCUAACGUGUGGACCGGGCCGCCGCCGCCGCAGCAAUGGCCCGCCGGCCCGCCGCAGCACGCGCAGCAGUGGGGCGUGCCCAAGAAGGACGACUGGAACGCGUGGGGCGAGCCCCACCGGCCCGCCGACCCGCGCCUCGAGCAUCGCGCGCCCGACCCGCGCCAGCCGCCCGCCGACCCGCGCCAGCACGACCUGCGCGGCGGCAUCUCCGGCCGCCUCAACGGCGAGAUGUGGAGCCAGCACCACCAGCACGGGCCCGCCAACAAGGUCAUGCCCUCCGGCGUCAACCAGUGGGGCGCGCAGGGGCCCAAGGACUCGAUGAAGGGCUCCGGCUGGGAGGAGCCGUCUCCCCCGGCCGCGCGCCGCGCGCCGACCGGCUUCGACGACGGCACGUCGCUGUGGGCGCAGCGCGGCGGCAUGGGCAUGGCCGGCCGCGGCGCGCCCGCCGGCCCGCAGCCGCCGCAGCGCAUCCCGCCCACUCCCACCAAGCCCGACGGCGUGUGGGGCGCCCACGGCCAGCGCAACGGCAGCUGGGAGGACCCGCACACGCCCGCCUGGCCCGACCGCGACGUGCCCGCCUGGCCGGACGCGGCCAACCCGGGCCUGUGGCCCGUUCCGAAGCCGAAGCCGAACCCCGGCGGCGGCUGGCCCGAGGACAUCGGCGAGUGGCCCGGCCCGAAGCCGCCGCAGGGCGGCGGGCCGCUCGGCAAGCAGAUCCCGAAGGAGAUGCUGUGGAACAGCAAACAGUUCCGAUUCCUGGUCGAGAUGGGUUUCAAGAAGGAGGACGCGGAGGCGGCGCUGCGCCGCAGCGACAUGAACGCCGAGGAAGCGUUGGAGAUACUGGCGGCGCCGCGGGACGGCUGGCGCCGCGACGAGCACUUCGGCGGCCACCACGGCGGGCCCUUCCAGCCGCCGCCCGCCGUGCCGCCCGUCAGCGCGGCCGUCGUGCAGAAGCUGCUCAACCAGCCGCCGCCCCAGGCUCUGCAUCAUCAUCAGUCCUACAAUCCUAAUAGUGGAACUGCCAACAGUGGACAGCCGAGCACGGCGCAGUUGCGCAUGCUGGUGCAGCAGAUUCAGAUGGCGGUGUCGGCCGGCUACCUUAACCACCAGAUCCUCAACCAGCCGCUCGCGCCGCAGACCCUCGUGCUACUCAACCAGCUGCUGCAGCAGAUCAAAGUAUUGCAGCAGUUGGUGCAGCAGCACACGCUCGCCAUAUCGAAGGCUAACUCGUCUCUCGCACUGCAGUACUCGGUGCAGAUUACUAAGGCUAAACAGCAGAUCACUGCUUUGCAAAACCAGAUUGCGACGCAGCAGGCGUUGUACAUGAAGCAGCAGGCGGGCGGCGACCUGUUCAAGCAGGGCCCGGACCCUAUGUCGCAGCUGCAGAACAACUUCGGCAACAUGGAUAUCGCCAAGGACUCGCAGGCCGCGUACGGCGCGGGCCAGCAGUCGCGCCUGAACCAGUGGAAGCUGCCGUCGCUGGACAAGGACGGCGAGGGCACGGACUUCCCGCGCGCACCCGGCGCCGCCAAGUCCACCACCAGCCCGCAGCUCAACCAGCUCGGCCUGCAGCCCGACCCCACAUGGACGGUGGGGCGCGGCGAGGGCUGGGGCGAGGCGGACGUGGCGGACGGCAAGGACGCGUGGCCGCAGCACCCGCAGCACCAGCCCGUGUUCGACAUGGUGCCCGAGUUCGAGCCCGGCAAGCCCUGGAAGGGCAACCAGAUCAAAAACGUAGAGGACGACCCGUCGAUGACGCCCGGGUCCGUGGUGCGGUCGCCGCUGUCGCUCACGGCCAUCAAGGACUCGGACAUGCUGGGCGGCAAGACGUCGCCGCCGGGCGGCGGCGAGCGCUCGCUGUCGUCGUCCACGUGGAGCUACGCGCCGCCCGCCGCCGGCAAGGACGCCUGGGCCAAGCCGCGCGCCGCGCCGCCGCCCGGCCUCAACAAGGCCUGGCCGCAGCACCACGUGCAGCAGCCGCCGCGCAACAACGUGCCCUCCUGGCAGGCCUCCACGUGGCUGCUGCUCAAGAAUCUUACCGCGCAGAUCGACGGAUCGACGCUGAAGACUCUGUGCGUGCAGCACGGACCGCUGCAGAACUUCCACCUGUACUUGAACCAGGGACUCGCGCUCGCGCGCUACUCUACUCGCGAAGAGGCAGCUAAAGCUCAGAUGGCGCUGAACAAUUGCGUGCUGAGCAACACGACGAUCUUCGCGGAGUCGCCGGCCGAGUCGGAGGUGCAGAUGAUCCUGCAGCACCUGGGCUCGGGCGGCGGCGGCGCGUGGCGCGGCGGCGGCGGCGGCGGCGGCAAGGACUGGGCCGGCUUCCCCGGCCUGUGGCCCGACCAGCACGAGCAGCGCGCCACGCCGUCCUCGCUCAACUCCUUCCUGCCGCCCGACCUGCUGGGCGGCGAGUCCAUCUAGGCGCCCUCACAUGCCUAGUGGUUGUAAUUACGCUUCUCGUCCCCCGGGACGGACUAAUCGCCUAGUCACAUCGCGCGGGCCGCGUCGCGCCGCGGUGCUCGUCGCGCCGCGACGCGCCCGCGGUAGCCAACUGUCCACAAUACUAUUAUCUACUGUGUUGUAAGUGUUCAUGUAGAUUAUUUAGUGUACAUAAGAAUUAUACAUAUACAACGGCAGACAUAUAAUGUAUCGACGGUUAUACCUGUAUGAAGUAUAUAUAGGAUAGGGUCGCGGGGGCUCGGUCCCCUUACCAAAUAGAGCUAGGCAUGGAGUAGAGUAGUUGCGUCGCGGGCUACCUCAGUCACUCGUCCCGUGGCCUUAUUUUAGUGUGUAUUUAUUUUGUUGCGCUCGAGGGCUGUUGCUGUUUCGCCCGUCGAGAUGUUUCGUUCCGAGUUUCUUUCGUGUUUUUACUUCUCGUUUUAUAUACUGAUCGUAUUUUAAUUAUUUAUUCGGUUUCGAAUUCUCACUCGCGAUGAGCCUUUGUUUUCCAUUAGUGAUAUUUUUAUUCAGCAAUAAAUGAGUAAGUGCAUUUCGCAGACUAACAAACGUUUUAUAAUUAGUUCGUAAUUUUUAUAAAGAUAACAAAAUUUGCAAUUGAUGAGAUUCGAAGUGCAUUCUUGUAGUGGUAAAUUCCUUUUAAGCCGUAUAGUCUGAGACGGAAAUGAUAGCCACGUACGCGAGAGCGAGCGACGCCGACGCUGGCCGCCUGGCGGGCCCGGCCGUGCCGACGGACGCCGGAUGACGGACGCCGGAUGACGGACGCCGGAUGACGGACGACGGCUGACGGCCGGGCGGCGCGCUCCUUGCAAUCCAGUAAUCCUGUGAUGUAAAGUAUCUUGCCUAAUGUAAGGAUAAUCUAUUUUGUUGGAGAGUAUCAGAGUAGAGCCGCCGGCGGCGGUCGGCCUCCGCCGAUGCUACUGUUUCCCCAAAUUUUUUCCAGUAUUUGUGAUUCAAGUGCCACUUUAUGUUUAAUAUAUGAAACGAUUAUCUAGAUUAUACGAUUAAUGUAAGGGUAACCUAAUAUAUUAAAUUGAAAAUUGUUUUAUCAUUUUAUAUUACAUACAUUUGUGAGAAGUGUUAUAAAGUACUAUAAUUGACAGUAAUUUAAAAUAUUACACUUUUGUGUACCUAUAGGUAAGAAUAAAGUUCUAACUUAAAUUUAGCCAUAUCAAUAUCUAUUUAAUAAAAGAUUUGUGGUAUUUUCUAUAGGCUCAAUUUGAACGUUAUUCAAAGUGACAUAUGCUUUAGAUAUUCUGUUAAUAAUAUAUUGUAGCAGUAGGCGUCUCGGUAUUACAUCAUUGUAGGUAUAAGAUUACACUUAAGUCCUAUCGUAGGUUUCGGUAAGCAUACUAUUGAUAUUUUACGGCAACGAUCGCACGUGUAAAUGUUCGUUAUCAUAAAGUUUAUUUACAUUUUUAUUUACUUUUAAUUUAUUGAUGGUGUGCCACAGAGAUACUCUGCCAAAAUAUAUCAUUACCAAUACGUUACGGGACAGCCAAGUCGCGAGGCGGAUGCCCCGACCGCCCGAGGCGGACGCCCGGCCGCCCGAGACGGACCCACCACGCUUUACGAUCCCGACCUACGAUCACAAAAGCGAAUGACUAUAAUAUAAUAAAUAAUGUACAUUAUCUAUUCUAUUUCGAGCAUCUUCCAGUGAUCUUACGAUUAAACAUAACGAUUGUAGCGCUAAGUUAGGUGUAAGUAAAGCUGUACCUUGUCGAGCCGCACGCUCGAGAACUCUUUCACAAAUUAAUGAAGUAAGUUAGGAGGCGCUUGGACCUGUAGUAGUUUAGUGUUAAAUGUGUUGAUGUGUGAUGUGUUCAUAUUGGAAACGAUCAGCAUUUCUCAUUAAAUAGACUACCUAUACUUACCCUACGCGGCCAAGGGCGAGAGCCCCGCCGCGAGCUCGGUGUGACGCGGAGUUCUAUUUUUUACUGACAGUACAAGUAAAGUAACACCAAUAUAAUUUAACAUUUUUUUAAGUAUAGCUUUCGUUUUAAGCCCCUUCGGGUGACUAUCGCGAAAUUAUUUUUUUUGCUAUCGAUACAAAUUGAAUGUCGGCUCGGAGGGGCCGAUACUAUGACAAUGUCAUGACGUUUAAUGUUAGGUGCCAAAGAGUGAGUAUCAAAGAUAAGUAAGAGGUGUCUGGGACGAUUGGUUUGCAUCUCUUCGUUUAGUGACAAUCUUCCAAAUCGUUUUGAAAUUAUUUUUGCGGUACGGGUAAUCGAUCUGAUGUUCCUAUCUCGGCGCGUCCGCGCAACCAACAGAUCAGCGUCAAUUCUAUUGUCGUAAAGCUCAAUUUAAGUGAUCAACGUGUUCUUUUUAACAGUUUAUUGAAGUAAUAACUAAAUUUAAAUAAUUAUUAUUUAACAGAAAUUGUUCUGUCCAACGUCUACACCAAUUCGAAAUGCCUCAAUCGCAAUAGUUUCCUGGUGCAUAUGUGAAUUUUUAUAAUACAGCAAUAAAUGUCAUAAUUAUAAUUUUUAUAAAACGUUUUCCAUUUUAAAGUUAGAUAAAGCCAAUAACGGAAAGUAUAACGUUCCAGUGCCCUGUAGAAUACGUUGUCCAUAGACUUAGACGAAAGAAGUCAUGCCUUGAAAAUGUUUAGUCAGUUAAAAAGUUAUCAGUACUUAAUAAUGGGUAUAAUAUUGUAAUGAAACAUUAUAAGUGUAGGGGCGUCGGUAUAGUGGUGUUAGGUGUCGGUAUAAGCCGCGAGUACGGCACGCCGGGCGGCUCGGCCGCCGAGGCUGCCUCGGCGGCCGCACGCGGCACUCGCCCUACUGUCACUGAGAAACAAUAUACAGGAGUGGCGGGACGCAUAACACGCACUAUGUAAGCUGGUCGUGGUCGCCUGACCCGCAAACCGGCUGUGCCUAUUUGGCGUCCCCCGCUCGUUUUGCACAUCUUGCCCCACAGACGUCAGAAGCAUCGCGUCAACGGGGUUUAAGUAUGUGCCAGUGGCAACAGGGACGCGAGCGGCCCCAUGAGUGGAGUGCCGGCGGCAGCUAGGUUGUGAGACGCGGCCCGCGGCGCGCCGCGUCACUUGAAUCUCCUCUCGGUUCAAUGACUGCAUCAUUAUUUCCUGCACACGAUUGCGUCACGUGCAAUUUUAGUAUAUGUUAAUUAUUAUGUUGUUGUAUAUUUAUACUUAAACCUAUACUGUAAUAUGUGUAUAUUGUGAAAUUAUAUUCUUAAAAGAUUUAAUACGCUUCACGCUUUCACUUUUAAAAACAUUUUUUCGUGACUCGUUUCUGUUAUUUAGAAUAAAUUUACGUACCUAAAAGUAAUUAUAAUAAUUAUCAUAGGUAAGAGAUGUAAGAAAAAAAAAACAAAAAAAGAAAAAAAAAAGAAAAAAAAGAAGCAAUUAAAAGAAACCAAUGAUUGUGCCUCAAUGAACUGUGGUACGUUACCGUAACCGAUGGCAGGUGUAAACUUUUCCUUGGAGAGAAAUAUAAUGAAUUGUGCGUUCGGCGCAAGAGCCGGGCGGUAGGUCAGACCCGGCCCGGCCCGGCCCGGUCCGGUCCGGCACGGCUCGGCUCGGCUCGGCUCGGCUCGGCUCGGCUCGGCUCGGCUCGGCCGCGCUGCAGUCGAUACUCGGCCACGGCCGCGGGGCCCGUGCCCUCGCCUUGUGUAAUCAUUAAUGAGCUUAGCUAUGUUUUACUUUUAUCGUAAGUGUUAUGUCAUCAAUCAACAUCUAAUAGUUAUAUAUAUAUUUUAUAUAAAACCUAUGUGUAAAUAUUUUUAUCUAUUUAUUUAUUUGUUUUUCAUGAAGUUUACCCGAAUUAAUAAGUAAGUAAUUUUUUUUCGAGUCGGUUUCUUUUUAAUUUUAGUCUAGCGUCUGUCUCUCGUGUGGAAUGUGAAUCCAAAAUUUGCGUCUAUUCCAUAACACUAUGCCAAAGUCUAUGUGUAAUUGCCAUUUGAAACAUAACGACCACUAACUUUCUUAGAUAGUCCCGCGUAGAUCUCUAUCAUCACAAUAUACUGUAUGAUCGUACAAAACGGAGCCCGCUCGCGGGCGUCUCCAAGCUGCUCUGGUAUUAUUUUAGCUCAAGUAUUCAAUAGUAGUUUGCUCAUAAUAUUGUUGUUAAUUUUUAUGUUUAUCUCUUAAUUAGUGCUUUUAAAAUUCUUGUAAUAUUUUGUAAUCUCCGAUGUUAGGUCUUAAUUAUAAGGAACCGUUAUCGAGAGUUGUGUUUGGCGAAUAUCACAUACCGCUUGAUUGCGUGUCAGACCGCUGUCACCUGUUGCCGAGCGCCGCGCUGCUUGCCAGUUGCAUAAGUUUUAUUAUGGUUUCCACAUAGGACAACCUUUUGUCUCUAGAGAAUAUAUAUUUACAUUUUGCUAAGUCAACGUUGCCUUAAUUAUUCGGCCAAUACUCAUGAAUUUACAAUCUAAUUUUUAAUCUUACCUGUAGAUUAAAAUAAUAGUAUAAUGGUGCGGCAAGCGGCUGAGCGUGGAAUCGGUGUUUUGACGAAUUUUUGACUAACUCGGCAAAUAUGUGUAACACGCAUCUCGAAGGGACCAAAUAUGUGUGCGGUCGUUCAUUCUACAAAAAAUCCUGCCUGAGCAUUAAUUUGGUGACAUCUAAAAGACAAACAUUUUUUCCAUAAUGUUAAAUACUUACGUUUUUCCGAGCGCAUAAAAUCUCUUGUUAAUGAAUACUUACUGUAACGUAACUUUAUUAUAGUGAUAGUGUACAAUAUUCAGAAGGGCCUUUUUAAUUUGAUAAGGUUAAAGUUUUGCUUGUUGUCUUUAUUUAUUUAUAUAUAAAUAUUUUUGUACGUUAGGGCGUUCGUCGUCGGGUCGUCCCGGUCCCGAUCAAUAGAAGCACAUUAGUGAUAUCUACUUGUAAAACUAGUCUUCCUUGUUUGACGUUACGGCACGCGGAGGCGAGGCGCGCGAGAGGCAAUCAUUCCUCUAGUCUUGUUAUGUGGUGCGAUUACAUAAGAGAUAGAUACCAAAUAUAAAAUAACGAAGGCUUUGACAUACGUAGUGUUAGCGCUAAUGUUAGAGGCCCGAGCAGCUUGGAAAGGAACACGUUACAAGGGAAUGGUUGGCUAGUAUUAUUAUAUGCAUUUAUUUCUCUUUUGUCAUAGUCACUCAAGCAUAUAUUUAAUUAUUGAUUGAGCUAACGCCUACAUUUGGAAUAUCAAGAGUUUAUUUAGGAUGUUUAAUAUUUUACAUUUUAGUGUUUAAAUAUCUAAAAUUUACCUUAAUUAUAGUGAAUGGAUUUUUGUAUUAUUGGUAUAUAGCUGUAAGAAAAAGGGUGUUCUUGAUAAACACUAACAACUGAUUAAUACAAAAAAAAAUGUACUGAGUGACUUUACGUGUAACAGAGGGCCAUUGAUAAAAAAAUGUUGACUAAGCUAAAUUCUCUUUAAUGUGGUAAUUUAACUUGAAUGUGAUUGCUGAGAAUAUUUUUAACUGCUAUAUGUAUAGUUGUAGAUCGAUAAGUCGCCAUUAUCUGUUAGUUCCCCGAGCGGUCCUUAUAUUUGUGUAGCGUUGGAUGUCCCACGAGCGGAUCGUUGUAUAUAUGUACCGCGUGCGGCCAACCCCCCACCACCAGUUAAUUGAUGCAGUAGACUCCAGUUGCUGCUCGCUAACUACACAACACUGCUUCUCUAGUCUCUCGCAUUCAAAUAUCGCUUUAAAUAAGCUUUUGUUAUCGAGCAUAAUUAUCAAUCAUAUCCUAUAUGAAACUAGUUUAUAUUCGUAUUAUUCUUUCAUUAGAUCUCUGUUGUACCUGUGUGAAAUUGUUUAUAUUCAAUCAUUUGUACUCUAAAGAACUGUGCUGGUCUCGACUUGACGUCGUAUUAGAAUACGUACGUGCUCGCAGUUCAUACCGCGCAAGUUCCACUGCUGCACCCAGACUCGUACUUGAAUCGGCGUCGACAAUACUCUGCGCUCGUUAUUUAGUCACUUUUGUACCUUGAUUGUACUUGAAUAAUAAACCUAUGUAAGUGAGGAACGACUAAUCCAAUUCUGAAAAUAUACUUAAUUUAAAUUUUGACAGACUGAUAGCUGUGAUUAAGAAAAUAUUUUUAAUAUUAUCCAGUGAGUCGGAUGAAAUAUUUAUUUUAUUAGAGGUUUCCUACUGCCAGCGACCCGUAUGUAGGUGACGAGACAACCGCUUCGUAUUUUUCUGCGUGCAUUAUACGAGUGGAUGACUGCCUACGUCGUACAAAGACGAACAAGCUAACCUAGUAAUCACCCACCACGUGUAAAGUAGCUAUCCCAAUGUGUGUAUCAAAGAGAACUACUCGUAAGUGAAUGUUCAUGACAUCCACCGGCCUCGCCCGUCGUGAGCACACGCGGCGCGCCGGAGACUGAUAUUCCUAGUGUCAAUACCACCGAUGUCAACUGAAAUUUGUUUUUCCUAAAUAUCUUUGAACGUUGCAUAUCUACUACAUUUCUAAUUCGAAUUAAUUUUGUUCCAUUCAUAUCCGUAAUUCCCAUGGUAUGCGUUAAGUUUGAUAUUGAAAUCCUUGUGUUAUAAUAAUGAGUACUAAAUCGAAUGCCUUGUAGUGAGUGACACUCUUAAAGUAAUGAUUGGCGUUGUUUUUAUAAUAAAAGUAUAUAUUUUUCGGUACCACCUUUGAGUUAAAGUACAAUGUAGUUGUAAACUUGUCUCAAUGACGUAUUCAUCGUAAGGAUAUCAGCUGUAACUAAGGAUAAGUUAGAGUAGACCUAGCUCGGUCUCCUCUCGCGUGCAUCUACUAAACAUUGAUACCCUAUGUAUUGGAACACUUACUAAAUUUACGUCAUAAUUAUAAUAUCAAUAGGCUUACAAUAGGAGAUUUUUUCUGUGCAAAUCUCUGUGAUGGGAAAAUUUAUUCUAAAGAUCUAGUAUUAGCUGAAAAUGAAACAGUUUCAUGGUAACUUUUAAAGUUAAACUUAUCAGUCUUUUCGCGCAAAAGGUUGUGUAUUAUUUUUAUGUAGUACAAAUGUGUUCGCAAUUUGAUUGCUGCUCUAGUGUUCCUUAUGUUCUUAUUCGAAUUAACUAUUUUGGGUAUUUAUUUGAACCUUGUAUUCUCGUGUCUAAAAUUGAUUAACUCAAUUAAUAUCGUAAUAUAUUGAGGCAUGCGUAAGGAUGUUCGAAUAGUAAGUGUUAGUAAUGGCUGCCUUAUUUAGUAAUACUUUUAAUCUAUACUGUACACCAUCCAUCCUGAAUGUUCCGCAGGGGACAGCACGUACCAAAUAAUAGAGUAGCGGCGUCGUCGCGGCUGCGGCCAGCCACGUUCCGUCUUAAUACCUCAUGCAUAACCUCACCUAGUGUCCUAUAUCAGACUUAUUUAUCGACUCUCCGUACUUAUCACGAGCACUGCACUGUUAUUUGGUACACACUCAUAUUACUAACCUCUCUUAAGUUAAUUUAAGGCGUCUAUUAUCAUCAUCAAACUUAUCAGCGUAAUGAGUAGUUGAUGUAUUUUACUGUUAUUUUUCUGGGACUACCUAAAAGCAAUGUAUUUUACAAACAAAGCAGGAGAACAAUAAUUAUUAUGUAAGUGUAACAGUUAGUGAAUUUAAGUGUGCUAUUUUCCAUUCCAGAACUCAACGAUAUCAAUGUUCUUGUAAUACUUAUGUUCGGGUUUUAAAAAGAUGUUAUUAUUAUGUGUAAUUAAACUAAACCUUAUGUGAUUGAAAUGCAAUGUUUAGAAGUAUUUUAUUCUUUAUUUUUUACCAUUAAUAAUAGUUAGUAGAGAUCUAUUUGAGAGUCUAAUGUAUCAAUUAUUUGUAAAGUUGGCUGUAACUAAUUAGAAGUUACAAUAAGUAGAAAUAUUUUAAUAUAAAAACAUUUGGAGCAAAUUUUAUGUAGAUGACAAAAUAGUUGUUUUGAGCAUUAUGUGAAGUGUUGUAUCGUAUCGUAUCGUUAGCGCAAUGUGUACGCACAAGGCCGGGGCGGCGCCGGCGCCGGCGCCGGGCCGCUGCAGCCGCCACGCGCAGGCGCGCGCCGCCGCUCGCCCCGCCCCGCGCCGCUCCUCGACCGUACCCUCGACUGUCACUGCACAGCACUGGUAGACUAAUUCAGUUAUUGCGUAAGGAUAUUUUUCUUACAUUUCAUAAGAGUAACAUUUAUAGUAUAGGCAAUAAAUAAUAUUUAACAAAAAGUCCCUAUGUAAUCGAACUGACGACAGAAACGCAUGUUAUAUUUGUGGCCUCUUUAUAAAUAAGAUCUAAGUUACAUGUUAAAAGAAAAUUAAUUUUGCUAUGCACAGAAAUGAUACUCAAUUAAUUGCCAAAAAGUUAUAUGUAUAUUCAUAGUUCAACAAUAUUUCUUUUGGGCAUAUUUACUUUGAAUUUAUGCAAGACGUAGAUUAUGAUUAAGUAGGUUGUAGAUUAAUAUGUAGAGUGAAUGCAUAUAUAAUAUAUCUAUAUAUUUAAAAUAAGGUGAAUUUGAGAUGUAUCAAUUUCUUGUAUUGUUCAUAAGUUUAGAUAAUAAAUGGGUUUAGCCAUACUUCGGCUGGUUUGUAUGUUAUAUGAUUAAUUGUAAAAAAUAUAAAAAAUCAAUAAAAA